CCUCCACAAAUCCAAAUUUGUGAAUUAUCCAUUCUCACAUCCCCAAUCUUCUCUAUCCCCUUAUUAACCAAAAGCCGUCCAACUUCAUAUUAAUCCCUUUCAAACUCUCACCAAAAUCAUCAUCAAAAAACAGAAACAUGAUUAUAAAUCUUUCCUCUUCUUCUCCUUCUUCUUGUUCUCUCUCCCUCUCAACAUGCAUUAAUUCCAAGUCACAUAUUUCAAGAUUCCAAUUAAGGACCAAGACUCACUUCUCUAAAUCUCUAUCUUUCUCCUCCUCUUCAACUUUUCAUUCCAAGAAUCAAUUUUUACAUGAAAAGAACAGACACCCACUUGGUAAAAGGAGAAAUUUCAGGAGUUGGGUAAUUCCUGGAUUUGAUUUUGGUGGCAAUUUUGAGAGUACACAGUCAGUUUUGGAAGCAGUUGGUGUGUUGACAGCUAUUAUUGUAGUUCAUGAAAGUGGUCAUUUUCUUGCUGCUUAUCUUCAGGGUAUCCAUGUAAGUAAAUUUGCUGUUGGGUUUGGUCCAAUUUUAGCUAAAUUUAAUGCUAAAAAUGUAGAGUACUCACUUAGAGCAUUUCCUCUUGGUGGGUUUGUGGGUUUUCCUGAUAAUGAUCCUGAUAGUGAUAUUCCCCCUGAUGACAAGAAUCUGCUUAAAAAUAGGCCUAUAUUUGACAGGGUUAUUGUUAUUUCAGCUGGAGUAAUAGCUAAUAUAAUCUUUGCUUAUGUGAUAAUAUUUACACAAGUGUUGUUAGUUGGGUUGCCUGUGCAAGAAUCCUUCCCUGGGGUUCUUGUGCCUGAUGUUAGGCCUUUUUCAGCUGCAUCUAGAGAUGGAUUGCUUCCUGGUGAUGUAAUUUUAGGUCUUAAUGGAAUUGACUUGGGGAAAAAUGGACCUAGUUUGGUCUCUGAGGUUGUUGAUUUCAUCAAGAAAAGCCCAAAGAGAAAUGUGUUGCUGAAAAUAGGGAGAGGAGAAGGGAGUGUUGAUGUUAGAGUCACACCUGAUGAGAAUUCGGAUGGUACGGGUAGGAUUGGAGUUCAACUGUCACCAAAUUUCAAGAUUUCGAAAGUUCAGCCAAAGAAUAUACUUGAAGCAUUUAGCUUCUCUGGAAGAGAGUUUUGGGGUCUCACAUACAAUGUUUUGGACAGCUUGAAACAGACGUUUAUGAACUUCUCACAAACCGCAAGUAAGGUAUCAGGUCCUGUUGCCAUCAUAGCUGUUGGUGCAGAAGUUGCAAAAUCAAACGUUGAUGGCCUUUAUCAAUUUGCUGCUGUUCUGAAUAUCAACCUUGCUGUGAUUAAUCUCCUUCCUUUGCCGGCUUUGGAUGGGGGUACUUUGGCGUUGAUUCUCGUAGAAGCAGCUAGAGGUGGAAAAAAACUUCCUUUAGAAGUAGAGCAAGGGAUUAUGUCAUCUGGAAUCAUGUUUGUGCUAAUUGUUGGACUGUUCCUUCUUGUCCGUGAUACUCUGAACCUUGAUUUUAUCAGGGAUUUGUUAUAAACAGUUGUCUAUAAGUUCAUAAAUCUGGAAGAAUUGAUUAGAGAAUUUUACGGACAACUAUUAAGAACAGUAAGAAGCUACUGGUUCAAGGAGAUGAUUCACCCAUGAUUGUUGAACAUAGGUCUUCUUUCCAAGACAAACUUUGCAAGGUGCUGGCUUCUCCUUGAUUUCAGUUUAUUUCAGAUACAUGGAUAUUUCUGAAUUCUGCCACAUUGUCUUCAGUUGUGUUGGUAUCACUGGCUCGAAAGAGAAACCCCUUGCUCGUUUCACAGCUAUACAUGUAUAUGGAAAUUUAUACAAGUGCAAUGUUUUACUUUCAUAUUCUUAUUGUUUCUAUUGAAGCUGAGGAAACGAGAGAAGGAACUGUUCUAAAACUUGGCAAACUAGUGAUAAAAUUUGGUUAUAGGUUUCCUUUUGUCUAAAGAACCUAUUUUAACACAAAGUUAAACUUGACUUCUCCUGUUUCUCU